AGACACAGAGGAGGAGGAAGAAAAAAAAGAACUUCAGCAACGACAAGCUGUAGUUUUGCAGCAUGUUCCACCUUCUACAAUCUCCGUUUAAACACACUCGCCCAGCAACUGUUUGAUUUUGCUGGUGUGUAGGCUAUUUUUUUUUGGAAAGAUUCGUCUUUUUCCUCCCUUCGGCUGAUGUAAAAAAAUCUCCCCUUCUAUACUGGAAUGAUGUGGACCUCUCAUGAUACUAUUGGAUUUGUUUUCUUAGCUAGUUUUUGUGUGCAAUUCGGAUUCUCUUUUGAAGGUCGCUUCACGGAUCUGCCCUCCAACAUGACGGUUAAAGAGGGACAAAACAUAGAAAUGGCGUGUGCGUUCCAGAGCGUAACCGCGUCGGUGUAUUUGGAGAUCCAGUGGUGGUUCGUGAAAGCGCCGGAACCCACUGACAGCGAGGAGGACAUCGAUGCUGAAGAGAUGGAGAUGAUACCAGAGCCUGAUCCUGAUGAUGAGGGGACGAAAAUAAGUACAGUGAAAGUCCAGGGCAACGACAUCUCACACAAGCUGCAGAUCUCCAGAGUCAGCAAAAGUGACGAAGGCUUGUACGAGUGCCGGGUGACACGAGCUAACUACGGCGAGAUUGUGGAGUACAAAGCCCAAGCCUGGCUGAAGGUCAAUGUCACGGCCAGGCCACGACGACCACUGCCGCCUCCCAAGAAGAGCUCCCCGCUGCACCUGACAGACAAGAAGCCGAGAAAGUCCAGCUCAUCCCUGGGCCAGGACAGCAUGAGUUCAGACCAGAGGGUGGCCUCCACCUCCACCUCUCACACAUCCAAUACAGCUAAACACAACCCCGGCUCAGGUACAAGAAUAUCAUCCAGCUAUGGACUGGCUGUCCUCCUUCUGGCUUGUGGUUUGGUGAGGGAUGCCUUGUUAUAAUUUGAGGAACUGACAUGGUUUGC